AUGACAAGGGAUCGCACGGCAGCGUCGAGGAGACAUUCUGAGGAGCCGACAGGUCCGGUCGACUCGAAGCCGAGGAUCAGGAGAGGGCUCUACCCAACUGUUGUACAUCAGGGCGCCUCCGUCGAAAUGAUCGUUUGCGUUACCGGCUGGCCGACACCAACCGUCAAGUGGUAUCGCAACGGCGAAGAGAUCGUUCCCGCCACCGACGAUGACCGUCACGUCGUCUUCACCGACGACCGUGGCCUCCACCAUCUCGUCAUCGUCAAUGCACAGCCCGAAGACGAGGCUGAAUACGCCCUCGUCGCCCAGAACCCGCUCGGCGAAGCCAGAACUGACGGUACCUUAAGUGUAAUUCGUCCUCGAGGAGGUGACGGUGGCGAUGAGGACCGGAGAAAGGGCGCCUAUCCGCCUGGCUUUGUUCGUCAGCUGAAGAACAAGCACGUGUUCACCAAGCUGCCGACGAUCUUCGAUUGUUUGGUGGUUGGCGAGCCGUCACCAACCGUGGAAUGGUUCCACAAUGGAAGACGCGUGAAGCCGGGCCCAAGGCAUAAGAUUCAGACGGCAAAGGGAGGUUCCCACGCUCUGAUCAUCUUGGAGACGGAAGAGGGCGACGCGGGCGAGUACGUGGCCGUGGCAUCAAAUUGCCAUGGUACGGCUUCGUCUUCAGCUGUUCUCGACGUCACCCGGCCCUUGCUUGACGACAUCCGCUUUGACGGGACUGUCGAUGUGGGACCGCUGUUGACAGAGGAAUAUGGGUUCCGGCCCAAGAUCUCCAUGUCUUCACUCCCUACUCCACCAGAUCGUGGUCCUUUUAUUAAGGAGGUCACUGGCCAUUACUUGACGCUGUCGUGGAUCCCGACGAAACGUGCGCCACCCCGCUACCCGCAGGUCACGUACGUCAUCGAGAUUCGAGAACUUCCGCACAAGGAGUGGUCACUGCUCGACUACAACAUCCCCGAGCCGGUGUGCAAGGUGCGGAACCUGGAGCUCGGAAAGUCUUACCAAUUCCGAGUUCGAGCCGAGAACAUCUACGGCAUCUCCGAACCCUCACCGGCAUCCCCGCCAAGCAGAUUGAUGGCCCCGCCCCAGCCAGUGUUGGACAAGAACAAGAAGAUCAUCCCCUUGCUGGACCCGUACGCCGAGCAGGCGUUGGACAAGGCUUAUGCCGAGCAGUAUGCCUGCGCCCCCUGGUUCGCCCCUGGCAUCGAGGAGAAGCGGUACUGCGCCGAGGCGGACAGCAUUAGCAUUGUGCUGAAUGUUCAGGGAUACCCCGAUCCACAAAUCGUCUGGAAAUUCCGCGGCGUGGACAUUGACGUGACGGACCCGUUGUGUCGAUGCAAAAUUCAUACCUAUGGAGGUUCCGAAACGAUCCUAACGAUUUCUGGGUUCAACAAGUCCAACGUCGGCCAAUACCAGUGCUUGGCCACCAACCAGUACGGUGACGCCCAGCAGAACAUCUUUGUCGACUUGGCGACACGCCCCGAAUUCGUACAACCCAUGUCGAACCGAACGUUCGGCGCGGGACAACCACUAAAACUCGAGGUGCGCGUUGAAGGCAACCCGGCACCGACGGUCAAGUGGAUGAAGGAAUGGAAGCCAGUCGUCGGGUCAUCACGGGUCAAGCUCGGCUUCGAGGAGCCCUGCACGCACACGUUGACCAUUGCGGAACCAAUGGGGCGCGACUCCGGCGUGUACAGCUGCGUCGCUUCCAACGAGGCCGGCCAGAGCACGUCAUCGGGAAAUGUGACCGUAGAAGAAGAAGACCCCGACUCGACGCAGUCAUUGCCCAAAUUCAUCCGCGAUCGAUCGACGUCGCGGGCACGGCGGAGGGCCGCACUUCUUGAGGAGGACGAGCCAGUCGAAGAUGCUCCUGCCGAAUCCACUGAAGAA